AUGUCAUUCACAACUGAACGCUUACGUCAGUCCGUUCUCAGAGAGUUCGGAAGGGUCUUCUCUCUGUUGCCAGGGCAGAAGAUUCUUCUUGUGGAUGCGCAGCUGUUGAAAGCAAUCGACCGUGUGGCCAGCAUGUCCAUUUUAAGACAGUUGUCGGUCACGAAGGUGUUCAAAAUUGCCGAAAAUCCUCCGAAGGCGGACUAUGAGAGGAUUGCUUAUAUGGUCCCACCAGAGUUUAGCUCAUGCUUAUCGGUAAUUAAACAUUGUGAAGUGGAUCAAUCGAAUAAUAUCAAACGAACGAGAUUGAUAAUAUUUGUUCCCAAAGAGACUGUAGCAGUGACCUAUCUUUUGGAAUCUCGAGGUUUUCUUGGUCGACAUUUAUGUACCACAAGUUUAUCACUCAGUUGGAUUCAAUUAGAUACAGAUUUGUUAACACUAAAUUUGCCGACGCUAUUUUCAGACUACUAUUUAUACAAAGAUUAUUGUUGGCCUCAUUAUAUGGGCAUGGAGUUGGGACGUUUGCUUAAAUUAACGAGUGAAAGUGAUUUAGCUCCCAUGGGUUGUCGAAUUCAUGCUUUCGGAGAGGCGUCCCAUGUGGUUGCUGCUGGUAUUCGUUUAUACUGUAUUCAGUCAGGUCUGGUCAGUUUGGAUAGGAAGGUUUCAACUGUUAAUGGUACCCAGUCAAAUUAUCGAAGUAAUGCAUCUGUUUCUGAUGAAAGUGUCUUAACUCCUACCAGCUCAUUAAAAAUUCUGGGCUCACAAUCAUCAUCUACAUCAUUGUCAACUACUUCUGCACGUCCACCACCUUUGGUUCUUGUAUUCAGUCGUGAUCUGGAUUACGUAACUCCCCUUUUGGUUCCGAUGACAUUUGAAGCUCUGAUUCACGAAGUUGUUGGGAUAGAAUUAGGUCAAGUUGAAUUACCUCCAGAAUGUGCUGAUGAAUCGACCCCACAGAAACAAAUUCUUGAUAGCACAAAACUACACUACUACAAAGAUAUUAGAGAUGUCCAUAUAUCUCGUGUUCAUUCAUUACUUCUGGAUUGGCGUGGUAAACUCCAAGAUUCACGUGGUGAUUUAGAAAUGCAAUUGGUUAGUCAAAAAUCUGUUGUUCAGCAUAAACAGCAUUCUAGUUCAAACUCAAUUCAUACUACUAGUACUACUAGUAACACCUGUAAUUUGCGGAAUAUUAGUACACGUCUAGGUCCAUUUUUAGCUAAAAGACGUGAAUUGUCAUUUCUUUUAGCAUGUUUAGAACAAGUAUUAUGUGCAAUGACAAUUAAAGAACGUGUGGAAGAUCUACGUACAGCACAAAGUUUAUUAUUACAAUCCGGUAGCGGGGGAUCUCUUGCAAUCGGUCAAGUUGGAAUUCCCUCUAUUGAUGAUGACAAUGAUGAUGGUGACUCUAAUGCUCCUGAUCGUAACCGAAAAUUUACUCCAGUUUCAAUUGGUGGUUCAUGUGGUAAUUUAGCAGAUGCUUUAAAUUCCUUACCUAUGCGUUUAGCUAUCGAAUGGUUGACUACACACCAUGGUGAUCAUCUAAUUGAUGGGCUCCGUCUGGUUGCAUUGAACUGUGUUUUACAUGAUGGCUUAGGUGAUGAAUUGUACGAUGUAAUGAGUCGUGCCAUAAUACAUGCUGCUGGUCAAAUCACCUUCCCUAUGCUUGAAGCGUUAUCCUCACUUGGGUUAUUAUAUCCCCGUUCUAAACUCCCAGAAAUAUCAUCUGCAAAAAAAUCUAUUACAAACAAUCAAACAACUGACCCACAGUCAAGCAUGUUUGUGGCGCAAACAAAUAACUCGACAAAAAAGUCCAGUCAUGCACUAACUCAUACUGUUGCCAAGCUAAAAUUAACACAACGACAAAAAUCUCGUUACAAUUAUCUACAUCAUUUGUUACAGUUGAGCAAUUGGAAUCAGGCCAAUCGACAUGUUGAUCGUACGGUUAUUUCACCUACAUAUGUUUAUUCUGGUCAACAUUGUCCUUUAGUUGUUCGGCUUUUAGAGUCUGUUUGGUCAGCUGGUCUUCUAGAUUCUAAAUUUCAAUCUAUUAAAUCAAACUCUUCUUCUGCUGAGCAAAAUCAUUCAGACUUUGAACUAAUUGCCCAGCCACAAUUAAUCGAAGCACUUAAACGAAUGGGUCUUUCAUCUGAAGUUGCUUCAAAUCUGGGUCUCGUUAAUCUCUGUGAUCCAACAUUAACAGCUGCAGGAUAUCAGCAUGAUAUAUUUUUUAAGAAGAACCGUCUAAAUGCCCCAGCUCCACAUCCUUUACCUCUCGUAAGCACUGAUCAACCUAUUGUCGUAGCAUUUCCUGGCGGUUGUACAUAUGGUGAAGUUGCAGCUCUUAGAUUUGUUGCUAAACGGAGAAGAUGGAAUCUACUUAUUGCUACAUCGUGUAUUCUUACAUCACGAGACUUAUUACAGCAAGCUGGAAAAGCAGCAAUGAAUGUGAACUCUCUAUAG